AUGCGGCGGCGCUACAUCGGCUGGGCGAGCGGGGUGUGCGGGGAGCGGGGAGAAACUGAGGGUGAGGUUCAACAGCAGGGGGCGGGCAAGAAAAUCCAUGCAAUUCCCAAAGUGAAUGCCGGAAAGCGGCGGGAAAAUAGACCUCUACUUCGUACCAGCCCGAGACAGGUGCUGGCCUUACGGAAGCCGAAGGUGAACGGCGGUACGGACAAAAUGGCGGCGGACGGGCGGACCUUCCGGUCCGUGGCUCUGCUGCUGAUGACGAUGGCAGCACUGGCGACAACGACACAAGCUGCAAAAUUCCAAUGCCAGCAAGAAGGAUUUGCCGUAGACCCGAACGAUUGUGCCGUGUUUUACCGGUGCGUGCAGGAAGGCGACAAAUUAACGGCCUACAAGUUCCGCUGCGGCCCUGGAACCGUUUUUUCGAUGACUGAAAACGUGUGCGUACAUCCGCGUGACUCGGAGCGGGAGGAGUGCCGCGAAACGGGCAACGAGAUCGACGGCGGUAACGCCCCGGCACCGGAACCCGAACCGGCCGCACCGGAAACGGCACCACAAAUGGCAGAACCAGCGGAAAGGGAACCGGCGCCGACGAACAACGGCCAAGAGAACGCUCCGAGUGGUGGAGGCAACGGCAAUGGCAACGAAAAUAGUGUCACCCCGGCAGGUAAUGAGCCAACCGGUGCGAAACCGGACGAUGGGGCGGAGAAAGAUGGUAAACCGAUCGUGGACGAUGGAGUGCCGUGUGAGGAAGAUGGGUUCGUUGGGGACAGGAGCGACUGUCGGGUGUUCUAUCGGUGCAUCGCGCGUGCGGACGGUACCUUCCAAAAGCUGCCGUUCCGUUGCGGAGAGGGCACUGUUUGGGACGACCGGAUAACGUCCUGUAACCACGCAGCCGCUGUCGAGCGGUGUACACAAAUCACGCAGAGCGACUAUAUUGUCAAUCAGGAGUCGUUCAGCCAGUCUAACGCUUCGAUGGACAAGAACAUGACGCAGGCUGCGAGUUCCAUGACGCAGAACGGUGUCACAACGAACACGACCAGCUCACAAACGUCGGCUGCGAGUGAACUCAGUAGUUACAAUAAUAUGACCACGUGGACGCAGGGUGGUAAUGGGCAAGGCUCUUCUAGCGCCUCGAGCAGCUCCAGCAGCUCCAGUAGCUCGAGUAGCAGCUCUAGCAGUUCUAGUAGUUCUAGCAGCAGUUCGAGCUCCGGUGGUAACUCGGGAGGAAACAAUCAGUGGAACAAUCAAGGAUCUGGUGGACAGUGGAGUAACCAGAAUCAAGGAUCGAACAACCAGUGGCAGAAUCAAAAUCAGGGCUCUUCGGGUAGCAACCAAUGGAACAAUCAGAAUCAGGGACAGAAUCAACAGUGGAAUAACAACAAUCAAGGUCAAAACAAUAAUAACCAAUGGAAUAAUCAGAACCAAGGGCAGAAUAGCCAGUGGAGCAACCAGAAUCAGGGACAAAAUGGCAACAACCAGUGGAACAAUAACAACCAGGGGCAGAAUAACCAGUGGAACAAUCAAAAUCAGGGCCAAAGCAAUAAUAACCAGUGGCAGAAUCAAAAUCAAGGUCAGAAUAACCAAUGGAACAACCAAAACCAGGGACAAAAUAGUAACAGCCAGUGGAAUAACAACAACCAAGGGCAAAAUAACCAAUGGAGCAACCAAAACCAAGGUCAGAACACCAAUGGUCAGUGGAACAACAACAAUCAGGGUCAAGACAAUCAGUGGAACAAUCAAAACCAGGGUCAAAACAGUAACAACCAAUGGAGUAAUCAAAAUCAAAAUCAGAAUAACCAGUGGAAUAACCAAAACCAAGGUCAGAAUAGCAACAACCAGUGGAAUAACCAGAAUCAAGGCCAAAACAAUCAGUGGAAUAAUAACAAUCAGGGCCAGAAUGGCAACAAUCAAUGGAAUAACAAUAAUCAAGGUCAAAACAAUCAGUUUAAUAAUCAAAAUCAGCAAUCCAGCAGUAGUCAAAGUCAAAGCCAGAGCCAACAGACAAGCAAUCAAAGUCAAAGCUCCAGCAGCAGUAAUCAACAGUGGAAUAACCAAAAUCAGGGACAAAAUCAACAAUCGAACAACCAGAACCAAGGCCAGAGUAACAGUAAUCAAUGGAGUAAUCAGAAUCAAGGUCAGAACCAACAAUCUAGUAAUCAGAAUCAAGGAUCAAGUAGCAAUAAUCAGUGGAAUAAUCAGAACCAGGGUCAGAACCAACAAUCUAACAAUCAGAAUCAAGGAUCAAGUAGCAAUAAUCAGUGGAAUAAUCAGAAUCAAGGGGAGAACCAACAAUCUAGCAAUCAGAAUCAAGGAUCUAGUAGCAACAAUCAGUGGAAUAAUCAGAACCAAGGACAGAAUCAACAAUCUGGUAAUCAGAAUCAAGGAUCUAGUGGCAACAAUCAGUGGAAUAAUCAGAACCAAGGACAGAAUCAGCAGUCCAACAGCCAAAACCAAGGCUCAAGUAGCAAUAAUCAGUCCAGUAAUCAGAACCAGGGUCAGAAUCAGCAAUCCAGCAGUCAGAAUCAAGGUUCAAGUAGCAACAAUCAGUCGAAUAAUCAAAACCAAGGUCAGAAUCAGCAGUCCAGCAAUCAAAAUCAAGGGUCGAGUAGCAACAACCAGUCGAGCAAUCAGAAUCAAAGUCAAAAUCAGCAAUCUAGCCAGAACCAAAAUUCGAGCAGUAACAGUCAAUCCAGUAAUCAGAAUCACCAGUCCAGUAGUCAGAAUCAAAACUCGAGCAGCAAUAGCCAGUCCAGUAAUCAGAGCCAAGGUCAGAAUCAGCAGUCUAGUAGUCAAAAUCAAGGAUCGAGUAGCAACAAUCAGUCUAAUCAACAAUCUAGCAAUCAGAAUCAAGGCUCAAGCAGCAACAACAGCAACAAUCAACAAUCCAGUAGUCAGAAUCAGGGCUCGAGCAGCAGCAACCAGUCUAGUAAUCAGAAUCAGGGUGGAAACAACCAAAAUCAUAACCAAGGACAGGAAAACAAUCAAGGUCAAAAUCAAAACAAUCAAAACCAAGGAUCCAGCAAUAAUAACAAUGAAAACAGUCAAUCCAACCAAGGCUCCAAUAGCAAUCAAAAUCAAGGCUCCACAAAUAACGAAAACAGCUCAGGACAAUCCAAUAACAAUAAUCAGAACACUGGUAACAAUGAAAACAAUCAACAAAAUACUGGAGGUCAAGGUAAUACCAAUAAUAACCAAAACGCAGGAUCUUCUACCACUGGUUCAGUUCAACCAACAACACCUCAGGGUCCUUUAGAACAAUCAUCUACAACCACUACUGGAACAUCUCCUACAACUCCAAUAACUACCACUACCAAAGCAUCAUCUACAACUACUGCAUCUACAACAACGUCCACAUCAACGACCACAGCUAUCCCAACAACUACUCCUGUUGAAACUACGAUAACAUCGACAGAGGCGACAACAACAUCUCCAGUUACUGCAGCAAGUUCAUCAACAACUACAACUGUUUCAAACUCCCCAAGCACCACCGGCACCGAAUCAAUGCCAACAACAACACCUGCUAGCACUGCUACAACUACUCCCGACGUCACAACUGUAUCAAAUUUAGUUUCAGAAAGCACUCCGACAGAAGCAACCUCGUCUUCCUCACCAAACACUCCAUUGCCCACAGAACCAGUUUCGUCUUCUCUGGCUCCUAGCUCCGAAACAACUGCGACGAGUGCUUCAAGCACUGAGAUUACUUCCAGCAGUACAACAACUGCCACCCCCAGCACAUCUAGUUCCACCACACAAUCCACUUCCACUAGCACUACGACAGUAGCACCAACCACACAGUCAUCGUCCUCGGAAGGAUCAGUGGCAACAAGCACACUCGAGUCCUCCACACCAGAUAUACACACAACACAACCCUCCACGGCUGGGGGACCCUCCACUCCUACUCAAACUACUCACUCACAAGAGUCAGCUACAGAUUCUACCACACAAAGCACACCACUUAGUAGCUCUGAAACAUCAUCCUCUACACAAACUACCACAUCCUCUCAAGAGUCCUCAUCGGAGGGUUCGUCAACACCAACAUCCACUACACUAAGCGAAAUUACAACACAAACACAACACACUGCUUCCGCAACUGAAUCCACCACACAAAUGGAAACUUCAACAGAACAUAUCACUACACAACAACAGCAGUCAUCUAGCGAACAAUAUACAACACAAGAAUCCGUUACACAUGCGUCUGAAACAACGACGACAAGUGUUACAGCGCCUUCCCCAGGAGAAUCUGUUUCACAACAAAGUACAACAACACAAGAACCCGCAACUACACAAACAUCUACCACCACACAAGAGUCCUCAAGUACACAAACAUCUACAACCACACAAGAGUCUACAAGCACACAAGAAUCCACUAGCACACAACCCACAACAACACAAAGCACCACAACACAAAGUACCACUACACAAAGCACCGUUACGGAGUCCUCAACCUCUAGUGUUACCACUGAGGCAGGAUCUUCCACCACACAAACAAGUACAACACAGACCACGCCAGCAGCUGGAGCACACGAAUCGGGAACAUCAACACAAUCCAGCACACCACCAACACCAGGCACACAAACAACUAUGCUCACAACGAUCGUUAUGCAAGGUACUCAGUCCACAACAACUCUUUCUCCCUCAGCACAAUCUUCAAGUACUACAGCUGCACCAUCAUCUAGUCCAGCUGGUGCCACCGAUGCCACAACCGCUUCCGGUACCACGCAAGGAGCAAGCGGAACAACCGCUCGGCCAGCCUCAUCCGGAAACGCUCCUGCUUGCACUGAAGAUGGCUUCAUGGGUGAUCCGAACGAUUGCCAGAAGUUUUACCGCUGCGUAUCAAACGGCAAUGGUGGAUACACGCGACACGACUUCCGCUGCGGUGACGGUACCGUAUGGGAUGACAAAAUUGCUAGCUGCAACCAUGACUGGGCUGUCGAUAAUCCACGUUGCGGUAAGGCUACUGGGCCAGCGGUUGCUCCCGAAGGUGGAUCGCCAGGUUCGUCUUCUCAGGGACCCAAUGGUCCGAACGGCACGGGCAAUGGACCUAACGGUCCGGAUGGAUCUGGCAAUGGGCCGAAUGGACCAAAUGGUCCGGAUGGAUCUGGCAAUGGACCAAAUGGACCGAAUGGUCCCGAUGGAUCUGGCAAUGGACCCAAUGGGCCCAAUGGUCCCGAUGGAUCUGGUAAUGGACCCAAUGGGCCGAAUGGACCAAAUGGACCGGAUGGUUCUGGCAGUGGACCGAAUGGUCCCGAUGGAUCUGGCAAUGGACCCAAUGGGCCCAAUGGUCCCGAUGGAUCUGGUAAUGGACCCAAUGGGCCGAAUGGACCAAAUGGACCGGAUGGGCCGGGUGGACCAAACGGACCUAAUGGACCUGAUGGUCCUGAUGGACCAAACGGACCAAAUGGACCUAACGGACCUGAUGGACCGAAUGGUCCUGAUGGUUCGGGCAAUGGAUCGAAUGGUCCGGAUGGUUCUGGCAAUGGACCGAAUGGUCCUGAUGGAUCUGGCAAUGGACCCAAUGGACCGAAUGGUCCUGAUGGAUCUGGCAAUGGACCUAACGGACCUAAUGGACCGAAUGGUCCUGAAGGACAAGGAGAAUCAAAUGGACCAAAUGGACCAAACGGACCUAAUGGUCCCAAUGGGCCGGGAGGGCCAGAAGGUCCAAACGGAACGGAUGGCACAAACCGACCCGAGGAGACGACCACAAGUGCACAACCUUCAACGACCGUACCACCUUGCCAAACAACAACUACGACCUCAGCUCCAGCAGUGCCCGCAGGAAGCAACGGUGUAUGCCAGCAAGAAGGAUUCAUGGAGCAUCCUUCCAACUGCAACAAGUUCUAUCGAUGUGUUGACAAUGGCAACGGUGGUUACGAUCGGUAUGAGUUCACCUGCGGACCGGGUACGGUUUGGGAUAACGACAUUCUCGCUUGCAACCAUCCAUCGUCAGUGCAGAACUCGAAGUGUGGUACCGGUACUGAGAACACCGCGUCCUCACAAUACCCUGGCAGUUCAUCGGGACCAGGUAACACAUAUCUACCACCGUCACAGUCUUCAACCGAGUCGAUGCCGAGCACUACCGAGCAAGCAAGCAGCAGUCUAGAGCCGGAAUCGUUGACCACCGGUGCUACGGAUGCACCUUCCAGCCAGCAAACCACGAGCAGCACUACCAGUGCCACAACCCCACAGGGAACAUCUCCGACUACAGAAUCUGGUAAGGAAGAAACUACGGCCACGGCAACCACCGAAUCGACCAAGGAAGAAACGACAUCUAACGCACAAGAGCAAACCACUGAGUCCCAAGGAGCUACACAAUCGACAGCAACCAUGGGACCUUCGACAACCGGAUCGGGAGAUUCAUCUACUACGCCUGAGGGUGCAACCGAAACCUCAACAAUGCCCUCUUCCGAAGGAUGUGAUUCGGAAGGCUUCAAACCACAUCCUACAAAUUGCAAGAUGUUCAUCCGGUGCGUUGACAACGGCAAGGGUGGAUACACGAAGUACGAGUUCACUUGUUCGGAGGGUACGGCGUGGGAUCAGAGCAAGCAGGCUUGUAACUACGAGUACGAAGUGCCCAACUGUGGUGCCGACCGUCCACCGGAGCCAGAACCGGAACCAACUGGUACCGACAUGACCACGAGUGGUGCAGAGAGUACGACCACGGCAACCGAUGGUACAACUCAGGGUCAAACUGACAGUACAGCAACGACUACACCGACAAUGACGACAACAACAUCCUCGCCUACUGACAGCACUACACCGGCAGGGGAGACUACAACCGCCAGACAGGACAUGACUACGGCCCCUAGCCAAGAGACAACAACUACGCCCGUGGAACAACAGACAACUACUACUGGGGCAACUCAGGACACCACGACUACUACUGCAGCAGGUGCUGAAACGACGACAACUUCUUCUCAAGAGACGACCACAGCCGCUGCACAAGAAACAACCACCGGCCAAAGUCAAACCACAACCGCUGGACAGGAAACGACCACUGGGCAGAGUACGACUGGUGGAGAAACGACCACUUCAUCUCAGGGACAGGAAUCGACCACCAGUGGAGAGUCUUCAACGGACUCGACGCCCGGUGGCGAGAUGACGACGCAGUCAUCCGGUAACCAGGAAACAACGACAAUGGCUGCAUCACCGGGCAAGUGUACCGAGGAGGGUUUUAUGGCCAACCCGGACGAUUGCCGCAAGUUCUACCGGUGUGUGGACAACGGCAAGGGUGGAUACAACAAGCAUGAUUUCACUUGCGGCGAAGGUACCGCUUGGGAUCAGCAGUUGCAAACGUGCAACCAUGAGAAUGUUGUUGAAAUGUGCAGCGGACAGACAGGUAACACUAGUAAUAACCAAUCUAACCAAUCACAAUCAUCAUCAACCACAUCAACAACAUCAACAACAACCACUACCACUACUACUACCACUACUACCCAAGCUCCUACUACAUCAACACAAUCAUCAACAACCACCACUAGUUCACAAGCACCAUCAUCAACUACUACUACUCCUAGCAUGUCUUCCUCCCAAAGCACGACUUCCUCUUCCUCAACUUCCUCUUCCACCACCACUACCACCGCGCCAUCAUCAACAACAUCAACUACCACCACCCAAAGCAUGCCAACACCGGUCAACUGUACCGAGGCCGGCUACUUUCCGAACCCGGACGAUUGUACCAAGUUCUACCGCUGCGUCGACUGGGACGGACAGGGUGAAAACUUCUCCGUCUUUCACUUCGACUGCCCGGAGGGUACCAUUUGGGAUCCGGCGGUGAAUACCUGCAACCAUGAGGAGAGUGUUCAACCACCCCGCAACUGUUCCAAAUCAUCCGCAGCGACCGAAUCGACGACGAUGGCUGCUGCUACUACUACGGAGGGAUCGGCCGGAGCCACCACAGACGCUAGUAUGACAACGGACAACGCAGCCCAGCAGACCACUACGGCUGCACAGCAAACCGACGCAACUACCGAGUCUAUGGCGAGCUCCGAAACGACCGCUGCGAUGCAGACGGAGGCACAGUCGGAGACAACAGCCGCCGGAAAGGAGGAAACUACGACGCAACAGAUGACUACGUCGGCCCAGGAGACGACGACUAUGGCGGCUCAAGAGACGACCACUGCGGCGACUCAGGAGACGACAACAUCUUCCACACAGGAGACGACCACUGCGGCCACACAAGAGACGACAACCACUUCUGCUCAGGAGACGACAACCUCUGCUGCUCAGGAAACGACAACCGCUUCUGCCCAAGAGACGACAACCGCUUCAGCUCAAGAGACGACGACCGCCUCGGCCCAAGAGACGACAACCGCCUCAGCCCAAGAGACGACAACCGCCUCGGCCCAAGAGACUACGACGACGGCAGCCCAAGAAACGACAACUGCCAGCGGCCAGCAGGAGACAACUACGACAGCUCAAGCGCAGGAAACCACCACAGCUGGUAGCGAGCAGGAGACGACCACCAUGAGCCAAGCGGAGACAACCACAGCCAGUGGGGAGCAGGAAUCGACCACCGCAGGGGGAGAAAUGACAACCAGCAGCUCCGCCCAGGAGAUGACGACCACCGAGGGCAUGGAGUCCACUACCAAACCGGCCGAGGAAUGUCCAGCCAGUUGUACCAGCUCCUGUCCGCCGGUGGACGAGGAUCAGGAUCGCUUCGUUUGUCCGACUGGCUUCAAGCGUCAUCCGAAGAACUGCAACCUGUUCUACCAGUGCACGGAGAAACCGGACAGUUACGACUACAGCAUCGUGGUGUUUAGCUGUCCAAACAACACCGUCUACCAGGAGGAUCGUACCCAGUGUACCGAACCGUCCGAGAAUGACGAUCGCUGCAAGGCGAACAAUCUGCGAUCGCAACUUCGUACCACCCGUCAACAGCCAGUGGUCAGUAUGCAGCUCGGCUCGAAGGAACCACUUUGUCCGACGGAUGGACACUUUGCGAUCGAAGACCAAAAGUGCAGCUCUACCUUCUUGCGGUGCAGCCAGGGACGGUCCGGACUCCAGCCGAACAUGUACCGCUGCCCCAAGGGAUACGUCUACUGGCGCGUGAGCCGUCGGUGCGAGCGUGUCGCCAAGAUCCCCGAGUGUCAGUCCACCCCGAUGCAGGAGCGCUCGGAGUUGCCAGUCGAGUGGAUCAACAUCGGUAACCGUAAACGUAGUCUGUUCUAG